AUGCGGAACCGGGGAUUAUCGAAUUCCUUUCCCAAAAGCUGGAGACAAGGAGUUUCCUCGAGUUCCCCCUCUCCUCAAGAACAAGGCUGCAAAGCCCUUCAGCAGGGCUGCAGAAGUGGCGCGGAGGCCCAGGCGGCGGCGUCUAAGCUCGGGCAGCCAGCAAACUGCAUUCCAAACGCUCGCUGGGCGCUCUGGAGCGCUCAGCUCCGUCCCUUCUCCUCCAGGAGGAGCUGCCGCCGCCCCUGCUGCCGCUUCCAGCCCUUAGGCGGGCACAGGCAAAAUCCAGCGCUCCUCAGCAUUUUUUUUUUUUUUUUACCUCUGCCGGGACGCCUGCCGACCCAUUAUUUGUACAUCCAAAUCAAGCGCAGGUCCCCCUUUCUUCUCGGCCUCGCCGGCGUCGGGCAGGAGCAGCGCGCUGUCCCCGCGUCCCCUCCCCUCACCACGCCAGGGGACUCCUUCUCCGGCGGUCCCAGUCAGAAGCCCCCUCUAGGUGGUGGUGAUCGGUGCCCCUUUUCUCCCGCACUGUUGACGGUGGAGGCGGGGAAGUCGGCGCUGGACCGCGGCGGCGCCCCCAGCAGCUCCGGACGGCGGCUGUCAGCGCUCUCCCUCUCGCCUGCCCGGGCUGAAGGUUGCAGCGCCGCCGAGGAGCUGGAGCUCCGCGAGCCCCUCUCAACCUCCGGCUGCCGGACUGCCCCGGGCUCCGGGUGCUGUCACCUACCGCCCCUCCCUCGCCCCAGCCCCAUUGGACCCGAGCUGAAGCGGCCCCGCCUGGCGCUCCUGCCGCCCGCGCGCUUCGACUUUGUCGGCCUCCGACUGGCUUCUCGGGAUGCUAAUCACUCCAGCCUCCCGGAGGACGGUAGGCGGUCGGGUGUGGGAGCCCGGCGAGUAGGAGGCGCUGAGAAAGGGGUCAAGUGUAAGUCAUUUCACCAUUCCAUGAUGGACUUCUUCAUUGUAAAGACCCCAUCUGCAUUCUACUAUUUCCUCAGGCAUUUGGAUAAAAUCUCGUCAUGUCCGAUUCUUUGCAGCCUUGUGGACCAUCACCCUCCAGACGCCUCUGUCCAUGGGAUUCUGCAGACAAGAAUACUGAAGUGGGUUGUCACUUCAGUGGAUCUUCCCGACCCAGGGAUUGAACCCUCAUCUCUUACUUCUCCUCCAUUGGCAGAAAACACAAAACUCCUGGGUCAGAGACAAAGGAUUUCACUGCUCACAGCCAGAGCAAGAGUCGGAGUCCCUAUUUGUGUCAGUUGCCCCAAGCCCUCCCAGUCUCAGAUUCCUGCAUGUGCAGUGGAUUGUAGACAGCAGGAGGACACUCACCUUGGGGAUUUACUGCUUCCACGGCAAGUGGGAACAAGCCUGCUCUCGGAGGGAGAGAUUGUGCCUCAUGGAGGCUUCUCACUGCAAUCGCAACCUUGAGAAAUAUCUCAGGUAGAGAGUUUGUGAGCGUGUUAAAUUUUUAGAAUACUCAGCAAUUUCAUGCAGAUACCACGGCAGAUUGCCUCUCUAAACAGUCGUCGUUUGUUGUUGAUAAAAAGAGAUUUUUAUUUUUUUAUAUGUUUUAUUAUAUUUUACACUUUUUUAAUGGUUGUCUCCUCAAUAUUCAAUGGAGGAAUGGAUAAUAAAUGCAGUGCUGUAAAACCAAGACAGUGAUACACACAUUUCCCUCAAAUGCAUUUCUGUGCCUUUCUUGUAGUCUGUAUUAAUUUUGCUUUGCAGUCUCAGCAUGUAUUGUUUGUUUCCCCACUCUGUCUUGUUACAUUCUCAUUUAUUUAAUAAAAAAUUUCUUCAGUACCUACUUGGUGUAGGUAAAAUUUUUGUGUUAAAAGCACUUUCAUAGCCUCAAAGUAGAAAUUGUAUUUCAUCUAGUUAUGAUGUAGUUUCUAAAACAUCUAAUAUAUAU